CGGCAUACCUUGGUCUUUGUCCACAAUCAAAUGGAUCGCUAAAAAUAAUUUAUUUGGUGAAUUGAAUGUUAAAAUUCUUAAACAACUAGUUAAAACAUGCCUCGAGUGAAGAUUGACUAUGUCGUGAGUUUCAGCAGUGAGUCAUCGGAUGCACCGGCUAGUAAUCUUUUAGCGAAUGAAGCAGGUCGCGGGCGUUGGCUUUGUCCCCAAGGGGAACCCUCCUGCUCGGUGUUAUUGCAGCUGGCUAAAGCUGUGCAGAUAUCUUCCAUCACAAUCGGCGCACAUCAUGCAGCACUGGUGGAGGUGCUUGUGGGAAGAUCUGAGAAGCCCAAUGACCCAUUUGAGGUGUUAAUAGCCAGCAGCGUGUUCCUCUCCCCUAUGGACUCCCGUCGCUUGCCCUCGGGCGACGCGGCGGCGGAGCGCGUGCGCACGUUCAGUGCGGAGCACCUAGCGGCUGACGUGCGCGCGCGCCGCUGGGACCGCGUACGCGUCGUGUGCUCGCAGCCUUAUAACAAGCAUUGCAAGUACGGCCUAUCCUUCAUCCACAUCUUUUCUCCGGAGGGCGACUCUAGCGACAGUGAUCCAUCAACUACAAGGGUGACCAAACCCACAGCAGUUCCGAAGCUGUCGUUCCUGGAGGAACAGGAGUCUGAUGAUGACGAGUUCAAGCCAGGAGCGCUGUUUGCUAAACAUCGCGCCGCCACACACGCGGGCGAGGGGCCUAGUACAGAUGCACAAAUACGCCAAGCGACAUCGCUAGCUCUCAAGAACGUAUCGGAUUCAUCCACAAAAUUAAUACGAACACCUAUAAGCAAACCAAAAGGUGACGCUACGUCUAGUGAACGUCCUUCCUCCGACCGGCGUGGCGACAGAUUGAUAUACGCUGACGAAGAUGAUAAACCUCAUAACAAGAUUGAUAAAGUUGUUGCAGCACAUAAGGACCAACAGGCAAAAACAGCUGAAAAGACCAGCAAAAAAGACAAACGGCGUUACAAAGACAAAGAAAAAGAGAAAGUGAGCAAGCAAUUCAAAGAUAAGCAAGAAGCAGAAAGUUCUAGACAUAAGAAAGACAAAGACAGACACGAUGCUUCUCACUCUCAUUCUGAUAGAGAUAACAGACACGACGACUCUCACAGAAGUAGAGAUGAGAGAACUCCUAAAAGAGAAAGGAGUUCGUCUAACAAGCAAGGGAAAGAUGGCGAGAGUAGCAGCAAAAAACAGAAGAUGUCUAAACAGCAGGACACUGACCAAAGCCUCCACGCCGGGCCGGUGUCGGCGGCGCCGCACACGCUGCUCAGCGACGUGGUGUUCGUGCUGAGCGGCUACGAGAACCCACGCCGGGCUGCCGUGCGGGACGCCGCGCUGGCCAUGGGUGCGCGAUUCCAGCGGGACUGGGGUCGCGGCUGCACGCAUCUCAUCUGCGCGUUCCCUAACACCCCGAAGCUGCGGGCGGUGCGCGCGGCCCCGGGCGGCGGCGCCGCGGUGGCCGUCACGGCCGACUGGGUGGAGCGCUGCGCCGCGCGCCGCCGCCGCCUGCCGUGGCAGUGGUUCGCCACCGAGGACAAGUACAAGGUGCGCCGCGCCAGGAGCGCCUCCGGGGAAGACCCUCCAGGGACGGAUGCCAGCGCUAAGGCGGCUACUCCAGAUUCUGAAUGUGACACUGACGACGAAAUUGAAAAAGUACUACGUGCCGCUCCACAGAAAGAUCGUCGCGACGCAUCGCCCGACCGGGACAAAAAACCAGACGUAAAUGAGGAAGAGAAGGACGACACGAUGAACACGUCUCGUGAAUCAGACUUGGCGUUCGUGUGUGACGAACGGAUACGCGGCUGCGUCACAGUCAGUGAUACUGAUAGCGACGAAACUGAUCAACAGGAGAUGGACGACACAGACCUAUCGAUCUCAACCGUUGAAGCUCUUCCGUCGUUUUUCGAAGGGCUCACAUUUUCAAUACUCGAGGGAAGCAAGCCCAUCCUGGAUACAAGCCUAGUGAAGCGGUAUAUUACAGCUUAUGGCGGGGAAAUCGUAGAGCCGCAUAGUGAUGAAGAAACAGAGGUAGACUACGCGGUGUGUCUAUCUAGCUCGAGCGCCGCGGGGCUGCGCGGGCGCCGCGUGCGCGGGGACUGGGUGUGGCGCUGCCACCAGCGGCGCCGGCUGUGUGAUGCGGGGGACUUCGUGCUCGCCUGAUGCUGCGCGCUCACAUAAGCUCACGAAUAUGUCCCAAUUAGGUCAGAGGUACAUCCAUCGCAAGAUGAACUAAGUACCAACACCUCACCGAGCUUUCUGUUACCAACGUGAUAUGUGAUCCGGAUCGUACCGUCUAUAAUGGUCGAGCCAACUGUGUUAGUGAAAACUGCAGUUAACAUAAAUUAAUAACUCAUUGGUGCAAGUCCGGUGCCAAGUUUGAAUCGGCGCUCCCCGUUUCAGAUGCAAGCCGGUGUACCACAGAACUACAGCGAUUGGCUUAUGCGUUCUAAUCUAAUCUAGGCUACAAGAUCCCACUGCUGGGCAAAGGCCUCCCCUUCCUCUUUCCAUUUUGGCUUAUGCGUUACACGAGUUUAAUAGUCACUGAUCACAGGAAUUCCAGGAGAGACAAUAAAACGAUGUUGUCAGCACGGUGUCAGAGAAAAUGUAUAUAUCUACACAUAGACAAACCAGGCGGUGCUCGGGCGCCUUCGGAAUAGUGACAGCUAGCGACAUCUGUUAUAGAGUAACUUUUAGAUACAUUGGUACCCCUUCGAAGCCCCAUACUAGCUAGCGCCAUCUAUCAUAGAGUAGCAGGUUACCAUUAGGAAGGUUCCCUCCAUUCAAUGACAGGUGGCGCUGCUCGUAGUUCCGCUACUUGCGGCUAGGUGGCGCCACAUGCCACACAGCAGGGAGAAAAUGUAGAAACCAAAUAAUUAUAAAUCUAUAAUUAUGCUGUCUUGUGACAGUCACUGAGGUCCUGUGGUACACUGACUUGCUUCUUAAACGGAGAGGCAGAAUAGUAGUAGUAUAGUCUGUCUCUUUUGCACUAGGCUUAACUCUAUAUUUCUGUCCUGCUGUCAAAUGCACCGUGCUGCAAGAGAACUUUAAUACAUUUGUUGAUUAUUAUCA